GAGAUGAACAGGCCACGUAGCCCUCUGGAAGGAGAGCGGGAUGUUGCACGGAGCAGUGCCUCACAUGUAGUUGUGUCUCUUGUAAAAAACUAUCCGAAUUAUCUGAUUGUAAAUCUAGAUAAGCUCGACUACUGUGCAAGCUUGAAGAAUCUUGAAACCAUCUCCAAAAAGGAAAAUUACAAAUUUAUCCAGGGGGACAUUUGUGAACCUCACUUUAUAAAACAGCUUUUUGAAACUGAGAAAAUUGAUAUAGUCCUUCAUUUUGCAGCCCAAACACAUGUAGAUCUCUCAUUUUGGCAUGCCCUAGAGUUCACCUACGUGAAUGUUUAUGGCACUAAUGUGUUGGUUGCUGCUGCAUAUGAAGCUAAUGUGGAGAAGUUUGUUUAUGCCAGUACAGAUGAAGUGUAUGGAGGUAGCGUUGAUGAGGAAUUUGAUGAAUCUUCACCAAAGCGCCCGACAAAUCCCUAUGCCUCCUCAAAAGCAGCUGCAGAAUGUUUUGUGCAGUCCUACUGGGAAAGGUACCAAUUUCCAGUUGUUAUCACACGGAGCAGUAAUGUUUAUGGACCACACCAAUAUCCAGAAAAAGUUAUUCCAAAGUUUAUCUCUUUGUUGCAACAGAACAGAAAAUGCUGUAUUCAUGGUUCUGGACUUCAGAGAAGGAAUUUCCUUUAUGCAACCGAUGUAGUAGAAGCAUUCCUUACUGUUCUGAAGGAGGGGAAGCCAGGUGAAAUUUAUAACAUUGGAACUAAUUUUGAGAUGUCCAUUGCCCAGCUUGCUAAGGAGCUAAUCCAUUUAAUAAAGAAGACCAGUUCAGAAUCUGAAAUGGAGCGUUGGAUGGACUAUGUCAAAGACAGACCUACAAAUGACCUGAGAUACCCAAUGAAUUCAGAAAAAAUGCACAACUUGGGAUGGAGACCUAAAGUGCCUUGGAAAGAAGGAAUAAAGAAAACAAUUGAAUGGUACAAAGAGAACUUUCACAACUGGAAGAACGCGGAGAAAGCACUGGAGCCCUUUCCUGUGAUGGAGCCGUUUGCACAGCUGAAUAUUCCAUAAGGUGGAGGAGAAGCAGAGGAAUUAUUCUACCUCACAGCAUCUUUUUCUUUUUGAAAUCUGUAAUCAAGUGACCACGCUAAACUUUUUAUCAUAUUAAAGAUAUGUGAACUGUUAYGAGCGGAGAGCUACAGUACCGCAUGGCUUGGGAAGGGCUUUUAGCACUUUAUUGGUUAAUUUUGGCUCUUGGUGCAAUACUAGAUCCCCAUUUUGUAUUGAUUUGUUUUAAAGAAUUGUACAUGAUGAAGAAUUUUUAUAACACUGCAAACUUAUAGCUAAUGUCAAACUGCCUUAUUGAUUUAGAAUAUUAUGAUUUUGACUAGUAUGACUUCCAAUUAYGUUUUUUAUUCUGAAAUCUUUUAUCUAUAUUAGUCUAGUUUUUGCAGUGUAAUAUAUUUGUUUUGCCGUAGUCAUGUGUUCUAUUUUUAAUUAAGGGCCAAAGAAGCUCAAGAGUAUAAUGCAGUUGAUAAAAGCUACAUAUUAAUCCCAGAUGUUUCACAGUUCUUUGUUGGUGCAUUAUUACUUUUUGUAGAUGUCUGGUAAAGACUAUACAUAAUCUAAAUGUCUCUUCCUUUUUCCCUUUGCCUCUCC